GCUAAUCUUGGACAAUUUUAUUUUUAGAACAAGACUAACCAUCGUAGGCGAAACAAAUAGUUUUCAUCACUGAGCUUCGUCAAGUCUUUGUGAUAUUUUUUCUAUAAGGUUUUYUCUUAGUAAACACUCUAGUCCGAGCGGGAUGAAGGCCGUACCUUUAACUGCAACCUGCUGUAUCACGGUGGUGCUUCCUAUCUUCUUCUUCACUGGGGUUGCUCAAGUCGUUUUUCGUGAUAAACAAGCAGUCGAAAAGGCACGAUGCUAUGCUCAUUGCCUGACAUUGUAUAAUUCAGGAUCUUCUAAUGUUGGUUGCCAUAGUGACGACUGUCGCCAGUGCGGCACUGCUUGCGAAAGGAUUUCUUCUUCUUUGUCUGAGUGCAUCAAUGCGUCAUGUCACAACUCUAGCAUCUGUCAGCAAAGCUGUAAAUAUAUUAACCAGACCAUCAAGAAAUGGGACAAUGUCCUCAAGGGUGAUGGCAGUCCCAUCCAAAAGCCACUGGCUCCCACGGCAUUAAAUAAAAACGUGACGUCAUUGACGCUGUCAUGGCAACCUGGUAUUCAGAACGUCAGUGGUGGGGUUGUUUAUUUACUUAAAAAGAAAGCUGUAGGUGAUUACAUAAACACCAACGAAUAUAUGAUGGUUUUUACUGAACCUUCUGCAGUAUUAACCACCAAGCAAGUAUGUCAGUCUGUGACUUCCGACCCAACUAUCUGGCCGAAACCCAUUUCAUUUUACUUCACUGUAGUUGCACUGACGGAGAAUAGCACCCUCGUUGAGGGGCCGCGAUCACAAGCUAUUGAGAUGACAAAACCUGGCCGAGUAAACUACAUCAGUUUUCCUGUGUUCACAUACGAAAAGAACUCUAGCGUCAAUAAGCUCAAACUAACUACAUCCAUUAUCCCGUCAGAUCUAUCAAGCUUGGCUACCAAUUACGGCAUCAGAUGGCAAGUGAGGGAUUUCUCCUGCCAGAGAAUUUCAGUUAUUCCAAGAAUAAUUAAUAAAAUCAAGGAUAUUUCUAAAGUUACUCUUGGACUUUAUGAAGAAUUGUAUCCAUGUCAACAUUCGUUUGAGGUGUACCAGCAAGUSGAGUGCGUAACUGGUUCUAUUAAAACCUUGAACUACAAGUAUCCAGGCUGUCAGAACAUACCCACUUUUGAUAGAGCACUUUGUAACAAGUUUGAUCCACCACCAACACCAGACAGCUCCAGAACUGUUGGUAACUUAACACACAGAGAUUUCCAGACUCAACCCGACUUCCGCUUCCGGCUGAACGUCACGUGGUUACCUCCAACCUAUUCAUACGCCCGAGCUGAAAACUAUAAUCUCAAUUACGGAGAUGUGAACAAAGUUCAUGAUUUUAUAUCUUCCAAACCUUGGAAUCCGGAAUACCGAAAGACUGGCAUUACAGCUACAUCCUUUGAUUUAGUAGAUCUUCUGCCAAAUAUCAAGUACAAAGUUGAAGUCCAACCCAAGUUUCCAGAAGGAUACAAAGUUAGGCCUGUAUCUAGUGAGCUUUUCUUUCAAACUCAAGCCCUGCCAACGAAGGAACUUGUUGUUCAAGAUGUUAACGUAUCACAAAGUUUCUCCAGCAGUGGUCAUUAUUCUUACAAUAUCUCAUGGAAAAGGCAUUUAUUCACUUAUGGGACAUUUCGAGGUUAUGCUUACAACGUCACGGAUGGGAAUGUUACUCGGAGUAACAUAACGAAUGACAGAUUUGUUGUUAUCGUAGGAGUGCAGCAUUCAGAAUCUCGAACCUUUGAGGUCAAACCGAUGUAUAACGAAAAAUGGAUAGAUGGARUUACCAUUACUAAGGUCAUAAGGUCACCUGAUCCAAUGGAAAAUCAGUUGAAAGUGAACUCCCUUAGUCAAGAGGGAGAAGCUGUAGAGAACAGAGAGAACAAUACAUAUUCGAUAGACGUGUCAUGGAAGCCUCCUUCCUUUCAGUACAAAUCGGUUGAACACUAUCGACUGUCAUAUUCUUUAUCUGGCUACCCAGAAUUCGCCUGUGAUCAGACCAAUGUUAAAGACAAUCGUUGUAGAACCGUUCUUACGGUAAGGCAGUAUAAAGUAUUGGAAAUAUUACAACUAUCAGUGAACAGUCUAGACAGGCCAUGUCAGUCAACAGUCUAGGCAGGUCAUGUCAGUCAACAGUCUAGACAG